AUGUGUCCCUUCCGCUGCUACCUCGUCUACUUUGCUGGUGACGACCCGUCGGACUUCCGCCAUGCCUUCGACAUCCUCGAUGUCCUCGACGCCGACGGUGACAGCAAGAUCAACCUUAGCGACCUGAAGUCCACAAUCAUCACUGAUAACGACAUCAUCGCCUCCAUGAUCUCCGCCGCCAACACUGACCACAACGGUAUUGUGGACUUUGACGAGUUCGAGCGCGUCCUCGGCGGUGGCGGGGGGCGAGACGGGAGAGAGGUGAUGGAGGACCCGUUCAGGGUCAUGGAUUGA